AUGUAUCCUUAUUAUGUAUUUCAGACCGGAAGAUGUGUUCCUCUUCUAAUACCACCUGAAGUUAAGAGAGCAAUGGAGUUUCUUUCAAAUAGUACUGUACGUGAGAAAGGGGGUAUUAAGAAAACUAACACAUUCAUGUUUGCUAACACAGGAGAUGCAGUUGUUCGAGCUGGAGAUUCUUUAAAUGAGAUCAAAGGACGUUUGAAAUUAAAGCAACCAAGUAGGAUUUUAGCAACAAAUUUGAGAAAACAUACGGCAACAAUAUCUCAGGUUGUCAGCUUAGAUGAACAACAAAUGAAAAAUGUCUGUAACCACCUCGGUCAUAGUCAAAGAGUUCAUGAUGAAUACUAUAGACAAACGUCUGGAUUAAUAGAGCGCAUUGAUAUUGCAAAAUUGAUGCUUAUGCAAGAGCAUAACUUGGUAGGAAAAUACGCCAAUAAAAAACUUUCUGAAAUACAAUUUGAUGAUAUACUCGAAGACAUUGAUAUUUCGAAUCCUGAUAAUGGUAACCCUGAAAAAAAUCAUGAUAUUGUUCAAGAAGAAGCUACGGAAGAAUUUGUAGAUUUGCUUGAUGAACAGAGACGCAUGAAAAGAAAAGUUAAAAGAGUUCGUUGGGAUAACGACGAAAUAGCAGAAAUAAAAAGAUAUUUUGAUAAGUAUUUUAAUGGCAGAUCUGGAAAAACAUGUCCCUCCCAAGAUGAGUGCAAAUCAGCUGUAAAAAAGUCUGAAAAGAAUAAUGGAGAAAUAUGGAAAAGGGGUUGGGAAAACAUUAAAAAAAAAGUAAAUAACAUGUUAAAAAAGUAA